AUGUUGACAGUGUCAAAUAGCACGUCGGACAUGCCGAGCACUCCCCUGCGGAGUGCAGGGGGUCAUGCCGCUCACGCUUCGCCGCUGUCGACUCCGACGGGCCAGCGCGUCGGAGACAAACCCGCUUCGCAUGGGUGGAACAGCAGCGGGAGUGUGUCGAGUGUAGAGGACGGCGUCUCCUACGAGGGGCACAUCGGCUCCGUCUCCGCGCACCAGAAGCGUUUUCGUGCGCAGACGCGCAACGUCUCGGGAACCAAGAGCACCGGAUCCACAAAAAAGGGACCGUCGAGCGUGUCUGCGGAAAGCGCCGGAACCCACAUCGUUCGGGGCCUCCUCGCAGCCGCCAACGCGGGCCAGAACAAUGGCGCGUGCUGGCCCGACAGCAGGGUCCUCCCCUUUGGCGCGAGCGGGGCGUCUGCAGCUGGGGCUUUGAAUUCAAGUGUUGUCUCAGAUCCUCGCUUCUUCCUGCAUGCAAAGACGCCCGAGUCGAUGUGCAAAAACGGAGGCGCUUCACAGCCUGUCUGCGGAACAGGAAGCACGCGUGUCGGAACUCACCUGACGACGCCUGGGAGCUCUCAGCACACCCUCGCAGAUCUCCAUGGCGGGCUGCCAAGCGACUCUGCCGUUGGUGCAGUAAGACGUGCGCUGGACCAGUGGUUCGGUGUCAGCAGCAGCGGCUCGGACUCCGGCACCGGCGCCUCUGGCGCUGUUCUGGGAAGCUCACGAAGUCAUCUUAUCACUGAGGCCAUGCUGGCAGCUGGUGGCGUCGCGGCUCUUGGAGGCGGCGACCCAGCAGCCAGCUGGCCGCCGACCCCUUUCGUGGGAGGCGGCAACACGGCGAGGGGGGAGCGCGCCACGGCGAGUCCUCCUUCCUCCGUCGCUGGACCAUGCUCUGGCACCUCGGUUUCGUGUCGAAGCUUCUGCCGAGGAGCCUCCUGCGAUGCUGGCAAGAAGGCCUCCGAGCAGUCAAAGCACGCGCUCGGGUCUAGUCAAACGCACGCCAAGUCGUCCGACGUCACCCUUUCGGGUCUCUCGUCCUCUCAAGGCACUGUAUCCUCGACGAAGAGGAGUGCACAGCCAAAAACGUCUGGCCCGAAGGUGGCGACAGACAGUAUUGUCCCGGCAGCUGAGCCAGGCAGCUUGCCACUUUACCGAGGGCCAGAUCCUCUUCCUACGUGCCUGUACCGUCGCUUGUACGACCCGCUGGGGCCAGUCAUGUUUUCCUUUCCGCCGCUUCAAGGUGCACAGCAUGCGCGAGCUGAGAUUCGCUUGUGGCCGCGAGACGUGGAUCGCGUGAUUUCCCAAAACAGCAGCAAGCGCAAAGUCCACAGAGCUGUCUGGCUUUCUCCGGUUGAGCCGAAGAUUGCUUUUCCUGUGGCAUUAAAGUUCGUCGAGGAUGGAAACAUUCGUGACGGCCGGAGCAUCAAGAGAGAGAUUGAGUGUCACUUGUACAUUUACCAGAGACUGGGCCAGCUGAUGGCAGGCAAGACGUACAAUCGGUUGGAGGAUGCUUGGCCUUGUGCUGAGAUGUUUGGCUACUAUCUGGACAAGAAAAAUCCGGGGAUGUCUGUUUUGGUGACUCGGAAAUUGUCGGGUCCCGAUUUCUUUGAUGUGAUCCGCACGGAACACACGUCCACCUUCAAUGCUCGCACAGCGCUUCUGUACGAACAGCAUAAGCUGCAGUGGUGUCUGCUUGCGAUGGAGCGCAUCGCGCAGUACGGCCGCUUGGGAAUUCGCCACAACGACAUCAAGCCGGACAACAUUGUGUUGGAUUUCUACGCCACUCCGGACUCGAAUGAGCGUCUUCUCGACGUGAAACUCAUUGAUCUGGGGACGGCGUCAAUGCAGCAUGCGAAGGACUUCACCGGAGGGACGUCCUGGUACGAAUCUCCGGAACAGAAAGUUCUGGAAUUCCACACAAAGAAGCAGAGAAAUCUGGAGGCGGCGAAGCAGAUCAACAUUGGCCUUCCCUCUGACGCAUGGGGCGCUGGACUCUCGAUUACAGAGGUCCUUAUGGGACGUCGUGUCGUCGACGUUAUGAAGCCUCCUCUGGGGCCCGGUCCUCUGGAUUUCCGCGGAACCGAAGGCUGGGUUGUGGAGCCCAAAGACUGGGUCCACUGCGCCCGUCAGGCCCUCGGUCUAGACCGCGAACACCAGCGCUUCCCUCUUUGUGCGGAGGCGGCUCGCCUUGUCUUCUCCAUGCUUGUGCGGCCCAAGCCGACCAUGCGCGCUACCGUUGAAGACGUGCUGCCCCAUCUUCGACUCUUUGCAGACGAAGCGACAUUCCAGGCGAUGAGAAAAUACCACGAUCCAGCCCCCAACUGCGAAACGAACGGCAACUCGAUGCGCGGUUCCGGUGUCCCUACGUUCUCGCAUCAAUCCUAA